AUGAUGUAUUUGAAUAAAAUCUGUUCAAGUCCAACUAAUAAUACAAGUGAAAAAGUAUCAUCCACGAAUACAUUUGAUAUUGAACUUCAACAUCUACAACCAAGACGAAGACAAACAAUAAAUUAUUAUCAUGACAAUGAUGAUAAUAAUAAGGAUCAAUAUUAUGCAUCUACUAGACAUUCAAUACCAGCAAAACAACAAGAAUUCUAUUCAUCCAAAUCUGAUCAAUUAUCAUCAAUACAUAAUACUGCCGAACUUCCAAGAGAUACUUCGGCUAUAUCAUCUACUGAUCCUAUUCUGAUAUCUCCAUUACCCUUAGUUGUCGAGAAGAAGAAUUUAUCACUAAUGAUUCGAUCUAUUUUAUCUGGUCUUAUACUUAUCCUUCUUCCUGUUGCAUUGCUCAGCGGAACUAUUUUCCGAUUCUCUUUUAUCUCAUUUAUCUAUGGUGUUCUUCUACUUAUUAUUCCAUGGUUGGGUACAAUUAACAGAGAAAAUAUUCGAACUCGUUAUCGUUUAUUAACUCUUGCUGCUGGUCUUAUUAGUCUCCUCGCUAUUAUUGCUCAAAUAAUCUUUCAAUCAAUUCUUCUUGCCAAUAAACCCUAUGGUCAUACGCUUAACAAUUGUACUAUAACUACUGAGAUUCUUCAAUAUUUUGGUUUAGAACGUUUGGAUAAUUCUAAUGUUAUCCGAAUCGUACGAUUAAUCGUUCCUGAUGUUGUCAUAUUCGUUUUAUCGACAAUUUGUUUUUUUGUUAUCCGACGUACGUUAAUACUCUUAAGACGACGUCAAAGAAGUGAACUUCAAACUUCCAUAGCAUCCGAUGUAAUAAAUAGUUUACCAUCAAUGGAUAGUAGUACGAGUACAACAACUAAAAGAAGCUCUUGGCCACGAUUAUUAUCAAUAGUAAGACGUAUACGUCUAUUUAUUCAAUUUAUUAUUGUCGGUUUUGCUGCAUUUGUUUAUCCAAGUAUAAUCAAUUCCAUAUAUUUUAUUUUCUUUCUUAUUAUUGCUUUUGUAUGGUCAUUAUCUGUUAAAUUUGGUAAAAAAUAUGAAUUAGUUCGUGCUUUAUUAGUCAUUUAUACGGGCAUGCAUUUACUUAUUCUUUACCUAUAUCAAUUUACAUUUUUUCAAGAAGCUUUACCACCAUUAUCAUUAUGGAGCAAUAUCACAGGUUUAACAGCAAUUGUAAUAAUAAAUAAUUGUACAGAAAAUGAACCAUAUGUUGCAACUAAUCUUGCAUGGAAUGAUUAUAUUAAUCCAUGUGCAAUUUUGCUUCUUUAUUUUUAUUUUGCUUUUGAAACAAAUCGAGCACUUUUUCAACGAAAAAUACAAUCGAAUACAACAACCGUACAAUCUCUUGAACAACAGAGUUUAGUUGCCACUAUCGACAGACCAGAUACAUUAGAACAAAGUUCUCGAAGUUUACAACCUCGAUGGAGUUUAGAUCAAUCUAGUGAUCAAACAUGGCAAGGACGAAUAAUUUUUGUCAUAUUAUCGUUGCUUCGUGUAUUAGAACGGCAAAGUUAUUUAUUAUCAUUAAUUGCUAUGCUGGCAUGGAGUAUAACAUUUCAUAGUUUAUUAACAUUAAUAUUUCUUAUUUGGGCAUGUCUUCUUUGGGUAUUACCCAAUUCACGAAAAUGGUGUUUGAGAAUGAGUCCAUUUUUUACACUUUAUGGUGGAAUAUUAUUAAUAUUACAAUAUAUAAGUGGUUUUCGAAUAAGUUAUGAUCAAUUUAAAUUUUCUUAUGAUCGUCGUACAAUGGAACAAAUUGGUAUUCGAACAAAUGAUUAUUAUCCAGCAUUUAUUCCAUUACUUAUUAAAUCAUUGUAUAUGAUGAUUUUUUGGUUAACACUCCGACAAUAUAUAAAUGAAAGACGAAGUCUUAAUGCUCCAUCAACUGAAGGUCAUCGACUCAGUAUAUCAGCAGAUUCAUAUGGUGGACGGCUGGGACAAUGGUUUAUUAAUUUUUUAACAAAAUAUUGGAUAUUUGUUUCAUGUGGAAUGAUUUUAAUUGUUAGUAUUCGGGGUACUGUGGUGAUCUAUCGAAUAAUCUAUAUGGUCUUUUAUUUAUUCUUCAUACUUUCAUUUCAAAUUUCAUUUGGUUUUUGGCGAAGAACAGCAUCUACAUUUCAUUUAACGAUUAUUAUCUAUUCAAUGAUUAUUUUAAUUGGAUUAUAUAUUUAUCAAUUUGAAGUAGUUAAUGUAUUUUUAUCGGCAAGACUUAGUGAAGAAUUACUUACAUCAAUUGGACUUGAAGUUGUUCGAUCAGAUGUUUUGGCUGUUAGAUUACUGACACCAAGUGCAUUUCUUAUUAUUAAUAUAAUGCAAUUAUAUUAUUUUCAUUCUGGUUGGAUGGAUUUAAUUACAAUGCCCAGUGAUAAAAAUAUUCAAGGUACAGCAAAUGGCACAUUACAAGAUAUUCAUGCAUACGCCAAAGAAAAUACUAAAAAUUUAAAUAGUCCUCAUAGUCAACAAAUAUUAAAAAGUGAACCAAAAACUUGGCAAGAAUCUUUAUACAAAUUUUAUUUUCGAGCAAAUCGUUUAUAUAAAAAAAUAGUUUAUUAUAGUUGGCGUUUUGCUGAAUUACAUUCAUAUAAACUUGUUCUUUUUAUAAUGGUUCUUGUUGCUGUACUUAACGUUUGUGCAUAUAAUAUAUCAUUAAUUAUUUUAACAAUAAUUGGUUUAAUAUUAUUACGUCUUCGAUUAUUAAUUAGUUUAUUAACAUUAAUUAUUACUGGUCUUUAUAUUCUUGCAUCGAUGUGUUAUCAAUUAGAAAUAGUAAAACAACUAAUAGCUGAAAAAGAUAUUUUUGUUAAGAAUUGUUCUCAAAUUCCUUCAAAUGAAACACUUGAUUCAAAUUCUAAUAUAAUUCCUAAUGAUACAGCAAAAUGGUUUGGUCUUGAAUUAACAACAAAUAUUGAUCGAUUUGUUGGAAUGUAUAUAUUAUUGACAAUUGUUUUAACAUUUGAUGCAAUUGUACGAUAUCGACAAAGACAUCGUCGUUUAACAUUAUCAGUUCAUUUUAAUGUUCAUAUUAUUGAAAAUCGUUUUCCAAUUUUAUUUGAACCAUUUGCAUUAAAAAAUCUUCAUGAUGAUACUUAUCAAUAUGAUAUUAGUAGUUAUCAACAAGCUGAUCGAGGUGUAAUUAAUUUUUUAAAAUAUUUAAUUAAUUUUCUUUUCUAUCGAUUUGGUUUGGAAAUAUGUUAUGUAACAACAGUAAUUGUUAUUGGUGUUCGUCUUGAUAUAAUAGCUGUUCUUUAUGCAAUAUGGCUUGGUCUAUUUUUAAUUUCAAGUCGACGAUUCAUUAAACGUAUAUGGCCUAUUUAUAUUUUCUUUCAGAUUAUUUUGUAUUCAGUACAAUAUUUGAGUGUUGUUGGUGCACCACCAAUUCUUUGUUUUGAAUAUCCAUGGACAAAUGUUAAUAUACGGGGUUGGUCACAAUUAAAACUUUGGCUUUAUUUACCUGAUUAUAUAGAACGACCAUUAGCAACUCAAUUAAUUACUGAUUUUUUUCAAUUUUUAUUUGCUUGUCAACAAUGGAAUGUAUUUGCAUAUGAAACUAAUGAAAAAGAUCAUGUAUAUGCUGAUGCUGGUGGAUCAAAUCGUGAAAUAAUCUAUGAUGAUGAUGUUUAUAAAAAUAAUCCAACAUGGGAUUUUGUAACAAAUAAACGACAUUGGCUUGAUCAUAUAAAAUAUGCUAUAUUUAUGUAUGGUGUAUGGAGUGUUUUAGCAAUUGUUUAUCUUGCUGGUACAACACGUAUUAGUUUACUUGGUCUUGGUUAUCUUAUUGCAUGUUUUUAUUUUCUUUGGUAUGGUCAAGAUUUUUUAACAAAACGAGUUACGGUUAUGAUUCGAUUAUGGAAUUAUUUAAUUUAUUAUUGUUUUUUGGUAAUAUUUGUAAAAACAUGUUUACAGGUGGUGGUUUGUAUAUUUCUUUAUCCAUCGUCAACUUGUACGAUGGCAUCACGCACAUCUGUAUUUUGCACAUUAGUCGAUUUGUUUGUACCAUGCUUAAAAUCUAAUUUUAAACCUUCAAAUAAUUGUCCUGGAUCCUCUAAUGGUACUAAUGAACAAUGUGAUCGUAAUGCUGCCGAUGCCAGUCUUUUUAUGGAUGGUGUUUGUAUGAUAUUUUUAUUAUUACAAAAACGUAUAUUUGGUAGUUAUUAUUGGGAACAUAUUGUAACUGAACUUCGUUCUCAAGCUAAAUUAGCUAGUCAAGGUGCUGCUUUAUUUAAUGAAAUAUCACGUAAACGAAUAGAAGAAGAUCGUCAACGUGAAGAAGAAACUGUAUCAAAAAUAACUCGAAAUUUAAAACGUAUUAAAGAACAACAAUUAAAAUUAAAUGAAUCAAAUAGUAAAAAUGCUUCAGUACUUAUGGAAACAUCUGAACAUUUUGAAGCUAUUCGAUCGGGUGAUUAUUAUAUGUUUGAAUAUGAAUCAGACGAACAAGAUGUUGAUGAAGAAAAACAAGAUGAAGUUACUGUUGCUCAAGAACAGAUUUUUCAAGUUUUAGCAGCAAAUGAUAAAGAUGAAAUUGUUGCUGACACUACUCAAAAACCUCGGACAUCAUCUAUUAUUGAAUUAGAUACUCAAAAAUUAACUACAGCAUCAUCAACUCCUCCAUCACUAGCAAGAACAACGACUGAGGUAAUACCAACUUCACCAACUCCCGAACAAGUAACAUCUUCUGUUGAACCUAAAGAAGAAAAAUCUGAAACAAAAUUGAGAUUAAUUUUAAUUAAAAUUCGUUUAAUUAUUUGCAUUAUUGUUGAUUAUUUUAUUGAUUUCUUUAAUCGAAAUUCACGUGAUUAUCGAGAAGUUUCAAAUAAAUUAGCUGAAAUGAAAUCUCAAGAUAAAAUUUUUCAACAUGAACGUAUGCGAAUGGAAACAAGUACUGAUCAAACGUCAGUCAUCAAUGUUGAUCAAAUGGCUAUUGGUGAUCAUCUAAAUCAAAAUGUUCAUGUUCGAAACAUAUCUCAAUCAAGUGAUUUAAGUCAACGUUCACGUCUUUAUCGUUUAUUCGAUUCUUUAUUUUAUUUUGCUAUGUCUCGAUCUGAACUUUUAUGUUAUUCAACUAUGGUACUAAAUCAUUUAACAUCAGGUACACUUUUAUCAAUGCCAUUACCAUUAUCAAUAUUUCUUUGGGCUACAUUAUCACAUCGACCAUCACGAAAUUAUUGGAUUACUGUUUUAACAUAUACAGAAGCAAUGAUUGUAGUUAAAUAUAUAUUUCAAUUUCAAUUUUAUCCAUGGUAUGCUAAUGCAGCAGAUGUUCGUCCAUUAGCUGCAAUAAAUAUUAUUGGAAUUAAUCGAAAAGAAAAUGCAGCGUCAUUUGUUGAUUUAUUUUUACUUUUAUCUUUAUUUCUUCAUCGAUCGAUUUUAAAACAACUCGGACUUUGGAAAGCAGACCAAAAAACACCAAAUAAUUCAAUGAUUUCAGAUGCUGAUCUUAGUGAACAACAACAACAACAAGAAUCCAUUAAUCCAUUAGAAACAACACGAAUAAAAAGAUUUAUAUACAACAUGAGAGAUACUUAUUUUAUGAAACCAGUUCUAAAAUUUUAUCGUCAACUUAAACAAGCAUUAUUUGUUCGUGAUGUUUAUGCACCAAUGUUCUUUUGUGAUUUUAUUAAUAUGAUUCUUGUUAUUUUCUUCUAUAGUCGAUUUGGUGAACGAAGUGGUGGAAAUGUUGUACAAACAAUACAAGAAAAUAAAGUUCCUGUAGCUUUUCUUGUUAUAUUAUUAGUUCAAUUUAUAUUAAUUAUAAUUGAUCGUGCACUUUAUUUACGUCGUAAUGUACGUGGUAAAUUAUUCUUUCAAUUAUUUCAAGUUAUAGCUGUACAUAUAUGGUUAUUUUUUGUUUUACCUGGAAUAACACGAAUGAAAUUUCAAGAUAAUGUUGCCGCUCAAUUUUGGUAUAUAUUCAAAUGUAUUUAUUUUGGUUAUUCAUCAGUACAAGUACGAUUAGGUUAUCCAAAACGUAUUGCAGGAAAUUUUCUUAUGAAACGUUUUAAUUAUCUUAAUCAAAUAUUAUAUCGAAUUUAUUUAUUAAUUCCAUUCUUGCUUGAAUUACGAACAAUUAUGGAUUGGAUGUUUACAGAUACGGCACUUGGUUUAACAAAUUGGUUACAAUUAGAAGAUAUUUAUUCAAAUACUUAUUUACUUAAAUGUGCAAGAUGGGCAGAAAAAAAAUAUCCAACAGAACGGGGUGUUCCUCGAACAAAAGUAGCGAAAUAUGGUGUUGGUGGUUCAUUAUUAGCUUUAUUAAUUUUAUUAAUAUGGUUUCCAUUAUUGUUCUUUUCAUUCACUUCAUCAUUUUAUCAACCAAAUCCACCAACAGAAGUUAGCGUUGAAAUUAAAUUAGGUGGUUAUUUGCCAAUCUAUCAAAUGACAGCCCAAGAUACUGAUUUACGUGCAUUUACAUCUGCUGAUUAUAAUGGUUUACGUACAGCAAUUUAUUUACCAAAUCGCGAACCAGCAACUGAAGAUGCUGCUUAUGGAUUUCUACGUGACUUUAAUCCGGAUGAUAUUCGUUGUGUAAAUUUAUUUUCAACAAGUGUUGAUAUAUGGGACACAAGUCAACCCAUACGUGAUAUUGUUGUAAAUAAUUUACGAUCAAAUAAUACAGUACCGGUACGAUUUUCAUAUACAAUAACACGUAAUCCACCAAAUCAAGAUGAUUCAGAAGAUAUUACAGCAGUUGUGACAGGUGAAAAUACAGUGGAUAUUACAGUAGAAGAUCAACAAACUCGCAACGCACUUAUUGAAAUACUUAAUGGAACUUUUAAUUCACAAACAUCAACAACAUUCACCAUUCGUAAUUUAAUGCCACGAUUUUUACAUGUUAGACCAAAAGCAAAACCAGAGAAUAUUGAAGCAUUCAGGAGAGUUUUUCCAACGGAAUAUUAUGCUAAUAUAACAAUGGGUCUUAAUCAAACAAGAUCAAUACCAAAUAGUACUGAAGUUUGGUGGGAAAUGUCUGAAAAUCGAGUAGGAUAUAGAGUUUCUCCAUCAUGUUCAUCUUCCAGUGAAAAUUAUUUGACUAUGAUUUUGUUCAAUGAUAAAAUUUCACCAGCUAACAUUUCAUUUCUUACUCGUUAUGGUAUUAUUGGUAUCUACAUUUCAAUUGUUUCUGUUGUUGCAUCUUUUAUUCGUGGUCAAUUAUUUGGUACAGCGAAUACAAUUAUGUUUGAUGAAUUACCACAAGUUGAUGCAUUGUGGCAUUUUUUGAAUGAUAUUAAUCUAUUACGAACUGUUCAUGAAUAUGCAAUUGAAAAUGAUUUUUUUGAUCGUUUAAUUUAUAUCUAUCGUAGUCCACAAUUGAUUAUUGGUCUAUAUACAACAUUUGUAAUUGUUGUUGCACGAUUGUUACGUACGAUCUUGCAAACAAGUCAAACAAUUAUGUUUAAUGAACUACCAAGUGUUGAUCAUUUUUGGCAUCUUUUACGAGAUAUCUAUUUGGUUCGAGAAUAUAAUAUGUUACGUAUUGAAGAACAACUAUUUGCUAAAGUUAUUUUCUUAUUUCGUUCACCAGAAACACUUAUAAAAUUUACAAGACCAAAAAUAGAUUAA